UACUGACACUAGUAAUUGAAAGGAAUUUGAAGUGAAGCGGCGAAAACGAUGAAUCCGGUCGCCGUUCAUCGCGUUUCUUUGGAAUGCGUUUCGCGUUUCUCUUUGAUCCAUCGAGAAUCAGGCGAAGGAUUCUCCGGUCGUCGGAUUGCGAAUUCGCGUGGAAGGAAUCGGCCGAUUCGGCGGUUGCAUGUGGUGACGGCGGGUUUGAUCACCAGCGCUGACUCGUUCGAGGUAGGGCGGCUUAUCGGAAGCUACGGAUUCAUGAAUGUUACUAGUUAUUCAGGUUUGCAGCCAGGACCUGACUUUGAAUACACUUCUGAUGAUAUUGGUCGAUUAAAAUCUCAAGAUAUUGGAGAAGGCGGCGUUAAGAUCAGACUAUAUGAAGGAAGAAUAUCUCAGGGUCCGUUUCGAGGAACACCUGUUGUCUUUAAGGUAUAUCCCGGACAGCGUGCUGGUGGAGUUGAGGCUGACAUGAUGGCAGCAAACGAGCUUAAUGCACACUCCUUUCUUCAGAGCAAAAGCCUGCCUGCUAAUCUCCUUUUACUUGUUGGUGGCUUUGAGACACAAUUUGGAGAACAGUGGCUGGCAUUUCGUGAUGGUGGGAAAGAUAGUGCAGCUGACUACGCACGAACUGCAAGUGAAAAAACAUCAAGAGCUCGCUCGCAAGGAGUAUGGAACCCUUAUGAAAAAGAGGUGAUGAUGAAACGAAGGAGAAACUUUGUCAUUAAAAUUCUACAGGGUGCAAUGAAAGGUCUAGCCUUUAUGCAUGCUAAUGACAGGUUACACCAAAGUCUCGGGCCAUCCUCUAUUGUUCUCAAUACACCAGCAGAACGAGAAGCCAUCUAUUUAAUACCGAGGCUGCGAGAUCUAGCCUUUUCUGUUGACAUAAGGCCUUCAUGCUUGGAGGAAGGAGCCACUUCUGGUGCACUGUCAGAGCAACUUUGGCGAAGGGCAACUGCUUCUGGUGCCUUUACAGUUUUUGAGAAAAGAGCUUUUGGGAUUGCAGAUGACAUAUAUGAAGCCGGUCUUCUUUUGGCAUACUUAGCCUUUGUUCCAUUCUGUGAAGCAGGCGUAAUGGAUUCUCUAUCUCUUCAGAGGCUACUAGAAAACACUUUCCGGCUGGAUAUCGAGGCUGUAAGAGAGUACUGUUUAGCCGAUGAACGCCUGGAAGAAGCUGUUAAGUUUCUUGAUCUUGGUGAUAAAGCUGGUUGGGAAUUACUCCAGGCAAUGUUGAACGCUGACCAUCGGAAGCGGCCAAUGGCGGAAGCUGUUCUUAAUCACAGAUUUUUGAACGGCGUUUAAUUGAGUAGAGAUGAAGAUUAUGUAUUUACAUGUGUAGAAUACAAACUAUUAAUCCUUGAUCCAUGUUCAGGACAUGUUAUAAUCAUAAUUGUAUGUCUGUGACGUGUUUCUAUGUCAAUA